AUGUCGCUCCAGAUCCUUCCCGUGGAGCUCUUGACGGCUAUUCUUGACAAUCUGAUCCCUGGUGAUUGGUACACCUCCGCGGGGGCUCGUGAUGCAUGCCUCAUCCUUCGGCGCGUUUGCCACCUCGGCCGGCUCAGCUGGCAUGGGAAUGCGCCUAAGAGCAAGAGCGCAGUGAAAUGGCUGCUACUUCAUCAAGUGAACAUGGACCCGGAUAGCGAGGUCCCCGCAGUCCGCCAUGUCAGCCAGUGGGCGAAAUUCAUGAAGGCCCAGAGCGACUGGGACCCCGACAACAGCAUCAGCGUCGACAAGUGGUUGGAGGAUGUUUGUGGCGCCAUCACCGAGCAUCUCGGGGCCAAGUGGGUGCUUGAGAACUUCAUCUGCUACAAAUCUGGCAAGCAACUGGCAUUGCCGGGACUGGGAAUCAGCAUCGCCCGCCAUCUGUUGACUCAAUCGCGUCCAAAGGGCCCGGACGGAGCAAAGAUUGUGCAGAUGAAUCAUGGUGUUUUGCAUAUUGCUGCCUACCAGGGGAACAACACGGCGGUUGCGUCCAUACUUGACGCUGGAGCUGACCCUAAUUAUCGUCACUCUCACUUUGGGCAUCCCGUUUACAACGCUGUAGCCAAUAACCACGUUGAGACACUUCGGGUGUUGGUUAAAUGCGGUGCUGAUGUCCAUGCACCUGGUGAAUAUGCGACUCUCAUUAGACACACAGCACGCAUAGGGCAUGUCGAGUCCUUCCGAUAUAUAUUUUCCAUUAUCAGAGAAGACGAAUUGCCCUACCUGAACCAGUGUCUCGCCGCCGCAAGCGCAUAUGGUCAUAUGGAGGUUGUCCGGGUCCUAUGCCAAUGGGCUACUGACGAACAGCAAAAGCGCGAGAAGAAUUCUUCUGGCUGGCUCGACAAUGUUAAAGUGUGGAAAGCCAAACCGCGACCCAUAUUAGAUCCCGACUCCGCCUGUGGAGAGUACGGUUCACCGUUGGAAGCAGCCGUGCAGAACUGUCAUGUGGAACUGCUAGACCUCCUUUUGGCCCUUCUAGUGCAACAAACGAAUAGUAAGACUGCAAAACGCUCCCUGUAUACGGCAGUCAUACACGACCGAGCCGACAUUGUCUCGAUGCUCCUCGACCGCUACAAGAUCAGCCCCAACGUGACACUGCGAAAGACCCGGACUAUUCUCUGCGAGGCAGCCGGGAGAGGGAAGUUGUCAGUCGUCCGCAUGCUUCUCAAGCGGGAAGGUCUGGAUGUAAAUGCCAAAGGGAAGCCUCUAGAUCCGACCCCGUUAUUGGAAGCCGUCAGCUCCGGCACCACGAGAGUUGUCGAGGAGCUGAUAGCUCAUCCUGGCGUCGAUGUCAACGCUCGAUGUGGCGGCGUCACUGCCCUAGGCAGUGCCACAAUGAGUCCAGGCAAGGCCAUUGCACAAGCCCUUUUACAAUGUCCCCGUCUAGACCCAAACGCGCAAUCUCUGGGCGUGACUCCCCUCGGAAAUGCCAUUAACGGCGGUGAGGUCGAUUUGGUCGCGCUGCUGCUCGAGAGACCCGACAUUGAUCCUAACCUCGUCUGCGAGGAGGAAGACUUUAGCACCCCCCUGUGGCUAGCCGUCCGCCGUGGUAAUGCAGAGAUUGUUCAAGAGCUUCUCAGGCACGAACGCGUGGACCCAAACCAAGGCAAGCCAAAGAGCGAUUACUACUACGGCUUCCCGCUCGUUUACGCAGCUGAGGCCUGUCAUUCGCCCAUAGUUGAUCUCCUGCUGGCUCGGAAAGACAUUGAUGUCAAUGUCACGGGCGAUAACAGGCUCUCACUUCUGGGGCAGGCCAUGUCCAGAGGCGACUUUGACCUGGUGCAGAAGCUCCUGCGCCAGCCUGAGCUCGACCCAAACUAUGCGCCGGAAAUGGAGGGCUAUGUGAGACUUCAUGUUAGACGUGAGGAACAGAGAGUGUCGAGCUAUAAACUCGCCAUCGACUUUCCACGGACGAGUUACAACGUCGUGGAACGUCCACUGAAACUGGCUGCAGAGACAAGCAACCUGGAAGGGGUCAAGAUGAUGCUCGCGGACCCGAGGACCGACGUGGGCGCAUCUGACGGGGAAGGCAGGACGGCGCUAUGGUGGGCGUCGUUGGGAGAAUCUUCCGAGACUGUGAAGCAUAUUUUGGAGAAGGGAGGGGACAAGUAUAUCAACAAGCAAGAUGUUCAGGGGUGGACUCCGCUGCACGUCGCGGUGAACAAAAAGGCACUGGACAUCGCGCGGUGUCUGCUCGAGCAUCCUGGUAUAAAUCCCAACAUUAUGAACGAGGACGGGUUGACAGCAGUCCAUCUUGCUGUCUUGUGUGAGAGUGUUUCUCUGGUUAGGUUGCUGUUACGGCACUUUGCGAUCGAUUGCACAAUCAAGUCCAACAAGGAUGGGAAGACACCCUUGAUGCUGGCGGAACAAGCCAAAUUUGAUGUUAUUGCUAAUGUGUUAAGACAAUUUUCAUGA